ACUGCAGACGCCUUUUCAACAACAAUGUCUAUCCCUGCUGGCGUCUAUCGUAUUGCUCGCUGGGGGUCCCACGAACAUGGUCAGGUUUUGACCCUCAAGGAUGACCGCAUCACCGUCCUUCCUCCUGGUGGGGCGCCUGAAAGGGCUCAGGAGUGGCGAGUCGAGACUGUAGGGGGCGGCGGAGUCGCCAUCCAGAUCCCCGCCAACAUCUUUCCUUCCCGCUCCCUUUCUUAUGAAGGGGAGGCAGAGAAGGGAAAGAGGAUCAUACCUGGGCCCCUUAAUGACUUUCCGACUCGCAAAUGGCUCAUUGAACGUGCACCGCAGUUGCCAUUGCCUGUACCUUACUUUAUUCGAGUCCCUGACAAAGAUCUCAUCAUUGUUGUCUCCCCCGCUGAUAUUUUUCCACCUGAGCUCAUACUCGGGGCUUCUAACCUCAGUCUUCAGAACGCGUGGACGUUCGAGCUCGUCCGUCAUGAGUAAAGCGAAUCAAGUUUUCUAUUCAGCUUUCAAGUGCCAGUGGGCUCGGGUACUAGUAAAUUGGAAUCGUCAUGGAUAAAUGUUUGGAAUGUACAAAUACUUACGAAUCCUUUUUAUACCACAUUGAGUCGAGUAGCGAAAAGUGAACGCAAACUUCCAACAGUGCACCAGACAA